AUGUCGGUGGAUGUGACCAACAUGACCUUCAAGGUGUGUCGUGCGACCGAGGUCUGGCAGUCCAUGAGCAGCAACACUCUGCUCUUCCAAUUGGAGGAAGGAAAGAUGGUGAAAGCCAUGGAUGCCAAAGCGGUCCCAUUGGGCUCCAAGUACUACGUGCCCAUCAUGCCACGAGGCUGGGUCAGCGCCUCUGAUCUCGAAGGCUUUCCAUGGCCAGGCAAUACUUUGGAAAGUGGCCAAGACCUUCCCACGCCUGGCGCCCCAGUGGGCUACCCAAACCCCCAUGGCCAGUGUAGGUUGGACUGCCACACGCAAACGGCGUCACAUCGCCCAUUGGCUCAGCUCACUGUGUCUCGUUUGGCGUAA